AAAAAAAAUACUAGCAAUUGGAAUACUUAGUCACUUAAAUGACGAUUUUUGUUUUUGUUCAGGUACAAUGAAAUAAGUACAAUUAAAUAAUUGACUGUGGCAUGAAUAGCUGGCUUUAAACAGCCACAUUAGAAGGAUUUCCGGUCACUUUUAAUGCGCUUGAUUUCUUAUAACUUUUUUGUUCUCAAGCGCAAACAUUAUCCUGCAACUCUAACGAAAUACCAGUUUUUCAACACCAUGGCCAUCGAAGAGAAGAAACGUAAACAUAAGAGCAAAUCUGAUAAAAGCAGUAAAAAGAAGCAUAAGUCUAGUAAAGCUACCGAAAUUUCUCCUUCAGCCGUGACAACCACAGCAGACUCAACCUCACCAGCACCAGCAACAACAAUCAGCUCUACUGAGCCCACAUCUUGCUUCUCGGAAGUCGUUGUCCAACUGUACCUUCAUUUAGCACCCAUGUGGUCUGGUAAGACUAUGGAAGGUGUUAACGAACAACUGAAUGCUUUCUUAAUGAAAUAUGUACCAGAAGUUGAUGGUAUAGUACUUGCUCAUUCAAAUGUUGAAUUUCUUACACAAAAAGGAAAAGUAUUAUACGAUUCUCCUUUCUGUCACUUCUUUAUAUCUGUCAAGUUCCUUGUCUGGAAGCCUAAAAAAGGAACUAAACUUGUUGGACGUAUCAAUUUGCAAUCAGAAGAUCAUAUUGGUUUAUUAAUAUAUGGAACAUUCAAUGCCUCGAUUCCCAGAGCAUUUAUACCAGUUUCUGAAUAUGAAUGGAAAGUGAAUGAAGAAGAGGCUGCUACAGAAGAUAAAGACGACGAAGAAGAAGAAGAAGAAGAAGAAGAAGAAAAAACAACUGCAGAUGAUGCUGAUAGCAAUGGUGCAACAACGAGACAAAGAACACAAUAUGGCGAAUGGGUUAAUAAAAUUACCGGUACAAGUAUAGGAGGCGAAGACGGUACACUUGAAUUUACAGUUGUUGAUAUUAUUGAAGCCAAUGAUAUCUUGAACGUUACAGGUUCUUUAUAAUAUUUUUGUGCAUCUCAUUUUUUUUUAAUUCAUUAUUGUAUUUUAGAAGUAUUUGACGUUCAGUCAACCCCAAAAAAAAAGGAAAUAUAUAAUUGUAUAUACAGUACCCUCGGUAUUUACAUACUCGUUUCGGGAUGGGUGUUCGUUUGAGUGGAUUUCUUCUAUUGCAUUUAGAAGGUCUUUUUGACCGAAAUUUACAUAUCAAUGGUAUUCUUAUUAGCCAAUACCUUUCUCUUCAUAAAUGAGGCAAACAGUUCUGGUAUUAAAUAUUACGUAGACUUAGAUAAACCAAUUGUAGUGAGCAGCGCGAGAGGUGUUUAAUACCGAGUCUGCAGAAUUGGAGUGACGAAUAUAAAUAUCUACUGCCAUUGUCAUUAAUUUUAAAAUAACACCCUUUGAUCCGACCAGGGAAUGGUUACCUGUAUUACUAAAUAGCCAAAAUCAAAUGUUUAUCUUCUUUCCUUUACAAACC